CAGUGGUACACUAUAAUGCCAAAAGUAUUGGGACACCCCUCCAAAUCGUUUUAUUCAGGUGUUCCAAUCACCUCUAUGUCCACAGGUGUAUAAAAUUAAGCACCUAUGCAGACUGCUUCUACAAACAUUUGUGAAAGAAUGGGUCACUCUCAGCAGCUCAGUGAAUUCAAGCCUGGUACCGUGAUAAGUUGCCACCUGUGCAAUAAGUCCAUCCAUGAAAUUUCCUUGCUACUAAAUAUUCCAGGGUCAACUGUUAGUGGUAUUAUAACAAAGCUGAAGCAACUGGGAACAAGAACAACUCAGCCCCAAAGUGGUAGGCAAUGUAAAAUGACAGAGAGGGGUCAGUGCAUACUAAAGUACACAGUGCGCAGAAGUCGCCAACUAUCUGCAAAGUCAAUAGCUAAAGAUCUUCAAACUUUGUUUAGCCUUCAGAUUAGCACAACAGUGUGUAGAGAUCUUCAUGGAAUGGGUUUCCAUGGCCGAGCAGCUACAUCCAAGCCUUACAUCACUGAGUGCAAUGCAAAGUGUCGGAUGCAGUGGUGUAACUCAUGCCACCACUGUACUCUAGAGACCGGUACUUGCCUGACUGCAUUGUGCCAAAUGUAAAGUUU